AUGUACAGAGCAAUUGAUGGGUAUCGUUUGUUUGAAUCACCUACUGAACGUCGAUUUACACCAUCUAUCUUAACAGGAUAUACAAUUGUUUUGUAUACAAAAGAUUUUUAUAUUUAUGAAUUAACUGUGAAUAGUUUUUCUAUGGCUCGUUCAAUUGAACAAUUAUUAGAGGCAGUAACUUCAAUAACUGAUAUAACUCAGUUUUAUCCAUUCACUUUUAAAUCCAAUCAGUUAUCACCUUUAUCCGUAAUCAAAACAAUUGAUUGGUCAAAUAAUAUCAAUGAAAUUUUGUCUAAUGAAAAAUGGCGUAUAAGUCAAGUUAAUGAGAAUUAUGCAUUAUGUAAUUCUUAUCCAAAAACCGUGAUUGUACCUGCUAAAUGUGAUGAUCAAACAAUUUUAGAAAGUAGCCGAUUUCGUCACGGUGGUCGUUUCCCUUUACUGGUAUACUAUCAUAAGCCAAGACAAACCACCUUAUUUAUAACUGCUGAACCAAUGAUCAGUCAAUCUACCGUGAGUAUAAACAAUCAAACUACUACUACACCAACUUUGUUAUCUUCUUCUAACGCAAUAACAAUGACCAAUUCGUUUACAACAACCUCGUCGUCGUCAUCUUUAACUUUAUCAUCAAAAUCAAACAAUUUAAUGAUGAAUUCAUCGUUGAAAAAUUCACUAUCAUCCUCAUCAUCCUUAUCACCAUCAUCAUCAACAUCAACAUCAUCAUCAUCAACAUUCAAUAUUGGUCGAUGUCGUUCAGAUGAACAAUUACUUACUUGUAUAUUACCGGAUAAAUGUAGAGGUGUUAUAUUAGAUUUACGAACACAAAAUGAGACGAAAAAAUCUCAGAUCACAAGCGGUGGUGUUCCGGUUGAAUUUGAACAAUUCUAUCCACAAUGGCGACGAGUUUGUCGACCGUUGGAAUCUACCAAUAGUCUGAUUAUCACUUUUAGAAAAUUCAUUUAUGCUUGUACAUCAUCUGGUCGUUUAACUCGAUCUUCAAGCAAUACAACAUUUAGUGUACUACAAUCAGGAAUUAGUGAUUCGAUUGGAAUGUUAUCCAAUGCUGCAUUGAAUCCAAUAGGAAAUUUUGGAUUACGUAAUUCGAUCAAUGCAUCAAUCGUGGCUGAUAGUUCAUACAAUGCAUUGAAUGAUAGUGUUGGUGAACAAACUAAACAGGAAAUCAUUUCGAAUUUCGGUCAAUUAGAAAUACAAUCUGGUAAUUCUUCAACAACUACUGAAUUAGAUUUAAGUAGUAGUAGUAGCAGUACUAGUGCUACCACUACUUCUACUUCUACUUCUACUACUACUACUACUAAUAAUAAUAAUAGUAAUAAUGUUAAGAAAUCGAAAAAAAUUGCCGCUUGGUUAUCAGUAGUACGUGAAACAUUGGCAGCUGCAGUAGCUGGAGCUACAGCAUUGGAUGCUUUAGAUGCAUUUGCUCAACAACAACUUCAACAAGAACAAUGUUUACUAGCUGAAAAACAAAGAACAUCUACUACAAAGGAUCAAUAUUUUAAAGAGGUCAAAUUACGCGGAUCAUGUGUAUUGGUACAAAGUCGAAAAGGAACUGAUCGAGCUAUUCUAGUGGCUAGUUUAAUUCAGAUUAUAUUAGAUCCUGAGUGUAGAACUAUAACAGGAUUUCAGACACUUAUUGAUCAAACAUGGUUAAAUGCUGGACAUCCAUUUACAGAUCGUUGUCAGCAUUCGGCUUUCUCACUAACAUCACCAAAAUAUGAGAGCCCUGUGUUUAUUCUAUUUUUGGAUUGUGUUUGGCAAUUACUUCGUCAAUAUCCAAAUUCAUUUGAAUUUACUGAUGAAUUACUUUAUUUUCUUGCAAAACAUGCUUAUUUCUCUGAAUAUGGAACAUUUUUGGGCAAUUCUUCACAAGAACGAGAACAAUUGAAUAUUUCAUCGAAAACAACUUCUUUAUGGUCAUACAUCAAUGAUCUACCGGUGAUCAGUACUUUUCGGAAUCCAUUUUAUGCUAAUCAAAGAAAUCAUGAUAAUUUAAAGUCAACAACCAUCAAUGAUGGAAGUUAUGCAUGUUGGCCUUGUUUAUCUGCGCAAGCAUUAGAUAUUUGGGAAGAAUUAUAUCAAGGACAAUUAUUUGAUGGUGUGACUGGUCUAUGGAAAUUGCCUCGAUCAUUUUCACGUAUCAUUCAAAGUAAAUAUGAAGCGGAAUGUCAUAGAACUAUUGAAUUACGCAAGACACUUAAUAUGCUGAUUGAUGAAGCUGUCAAUGCAAAUAUUCUACACGUUAAUCAUUGA